CUUUUAUUUGGAUAAAAGUUUUAUCAUUGUGAUGCAAUGAAAAUCGAUGACAACGACAAGGAAUAGCAAAAUUGCAUCACUUUGUCUUGGAUUUGAAAUGGAAAUUGCUCCUGCACCAACGGCUUUUACGGUUCAGCUUAUAAUUGACUUCAUUAAUCAUUUAGUUCUUUACUUGCGGGUUUUUGCUCGAGUUACUAGUUUACUUGAUGGAUACUCGGGUUUCUAUCUUGCAGCAUUUAGCUCAGGUUCCUAAGUCAUUUGAAGUUCUCGCGUUCCACCUGUCGGCUUUAAUUUGUCUAAAAGUUGUCAUUGUGAUGCAAUGAAAAUUGAUGACAACAGUAAGGAAUAGAAAAAUUGCAUCACUUUGUUUUGGAUUUGAAAUGAAAAUUGCUCCUCGCACCUUACGGCUUUUACGGUUCAACUCAUAAUUCACUUCAUGAAUCAUUGAGUUCUUUGCUUGCGGGUUUUUGCUCGAGUUACUAGUUUACCUGAUGGAUACUCGAGUUUCUAUCUUGCAGCAUCUAGCUCAGGUUCCUAAGUCUUUUCAAGUUCUCGCGUUCCACUUGUCGGCUUUAAUUUGGCUAAAAUUUGUCAUUGUGAUGCAAUGAAAAUCGAUGACAACAGUAAUGAAUAGAAAAAUUGCAUCACUUUUUUUUGGAUUUGAAAUGGAAAUUGCUCCUGGCACCUUACGGCUUUUACAACUCAUAAUUGACUUCAUGAAUCAUUGAGUUAUUUGCUUGCGGAUUUUUGCUUGAGUUACUAGUUUACUUGAUGGAUACUCGGGUUUCUAUCUUGCCGCAUUUAGCUCAGGUUCCUAAGUCAUUUGAAGUUCUCGCGUUUCACCUGUCGGCUUUAAUUUGGCUAAAAGUUGUCAUUGUGAUGCAAUGAAAAUUGAUGACAACAGUAAGGAAUAGAAAAAUUGCAUCACUUUGUUUUGGAUUUAAAAUGGAAAUUGCUCCUGGCACCUUACGGCUUUUACGAUUCAACUCAUAAUUCACUUCAUGAAUCAUUGAGUUCUUUGCUUGCGGGUUUUUGCUCGAGUUACUCGUUUACCUGAUGGAUACUCGGGUUUCUAUCUUACAGCAUCUAGCUCAGGUUCCUUAGUCUUUUCAAGUUCUCGCGUUCCACUUGUCGGCUUUAAUUUGGCUAAAAUUUGUCAUUAUGAUGCAAUGAAAAUCGAUGACAACAGUAAGGAACAGAAAAAUUGCAUCACUUUGUUUUGGAUUUGAAAUGGAAAUUGCUCCUGGCACCUUACGGCUUUUACGAUUCAACUCAUAAUUCACUUCAUGAAUCAUUGAGUUCUUUGCUUGCGGGUUUUUGCUCGAGUUACUCGCUUACCUGAUGGAUACUCGGGUUUCUAUCUUACAACAUCUAGCUCAGGUUCCUUAGUCUGUUCAAGUUCUCGCGUUCCACUUGUCGGCUUUAAUUUGGCUAAAAUUUGUCAUUAUGAUGCAAUGAAAAUCGAUGACAACAGUAAGGAACAGAAAAAUUGCAUCACUUUGUUUUGGAUUUGAAAUGGAAAUUGCUCCUGGCCCCUUACGGCUUUUACGGUUCAACUCAUGAUUGACUUUAUUAAUCAUUGAGUUCUUUGCUUGCGGAUUUUUGCUCGAGUUACUAGUUUACUUGAUGGAUACUCAGGUUUCUAUCUUGCAGCAUUUAGCUCAAGUUCCUAAGUCAUUUGAAGUUCUCGCGUUCCACCUGUCGGCUUUAAUUUGGUUAGAAGUUGUCAUUGUGAUGCAAUGAAAAUUGAUGACAACAGUAAGGAAUAGAAAAAUUGCAUCACUUUGUUUUGGAUUUGAAAUGGAAAUUGCUCCUGGCACCUUACGGCUUUUACGAUUCAACUCAUAAUUCACUUCAUGAAUCAUUGAGUUCUUUGCUUGUUGGUUUUUGCUCGAGUUACUAGUUUACUUGAUGGAUACUGGAGUUUAAACAUGCAACAUUUAGCUCAGGUUCCUAAGUCAUUUGAAGUUCUCGUAUUCCACCUGUCAGCUUUAAUUUGUCUAAAAGUUUUGUCAUUGUGAUGCAAUGAAAAUCGAUGACAACAGUAAGGAAUAGAAAAUUUUCAUCACUUUGUUUUGGAUUUGAAAUGGAAAUUGCUCCUGGCACCUUACGGCUUUUACGGUUCAACUCGUAAUUCACUUCAUGGAUGGUUGAUUUCUUUGCUUGCGGAUUUUUGCCUGAGUUAUUAGUUUACUUGAUGGAUACUCAGUUUUGUACCUUGCAGCAUUUAGCUCAGGUUCUUUAGUCAUUUGAAGUUCUCGCGUUCCACCUGGCGGCUCUAAUUUGGCUAAAAGUUUUGUCAUUGUGAUGCAAUGAAAAUCGAUGACAAUAAUAAGGAAUAACAAAAUUGCAUCACUUUGUUUUGGAUUUGAAAUUGAAAUUGCUCCUGGCACCUUACGGCUUUUACGAUUCAACUCAUAAUUCACUUUUUGAAUCAUUGAGUUCUUUGCUUGUGGGUUUUUGCUCGAGUUACUAGUUUACUUGACGGAUACUCGGGUUUAAACAUGCAGCAUUUAGCUCAGGUUCCUUAGUCAUUUUGAAGUUCUCGCGUUCCACCUGUCGGCUUUAAUUUGUCUACAAGUUUUGCCAUUGUGAUGCAAUUAAAAUCGAUGACAACAAUAAGGAACAGAAAAAUUGCAUCACUUUGUUUUGGAUUUGAAAUGGAAAUUGGUCCUGGAACCUUAUGGCUUUUACGGGUCAACUCAUAAUUGACUUCAUGAAUCAUUGAGUUCUUUGCUUGUGGAUUUUUGCUCGAGUUACUAGUUUACUUGAUGGAUACUCUGGUUUCUAUCUUGCAGCAUUUAGCUCAGGUUCCUAAGUCAUUUGAAGUUCUCGCGUUCCACCUGUCAGCUUUAAUUUGGCUAAAAGUUGUCAUUGUGAUGCAAUGAAAAUUGAUGAAACCAGUAAGGAAUAGGAAAAUUGCAUCACUUUGUUUUGGAUUUGAAAUGGAAAUUGCUCCUAGCACCUUACGGCUUUUACGGUUCAACUCAUAAUUCGCUUCAUGAAUCAUUGAGUUCUUUGCUUGCAGGUUUUUGCUCGAGUUACUAGUUUACUUGAUGGAUACUCGGGUUUCUAUCUUGCAGCAUCUCGCUCAGGUUCCUAAAUCUUUUCCAGUUCUCGCUUUCCACUUGUCGGCUUUAAUUUGGCUCAAAUUUGUCAUUGUGAUGCAAUGAAAAUCAAUGACAACAGUAAGGAAUAGAAAUAUUGCAUCACUUUGUUUUGGAUUUGAAAUGGAAAUUGCUCCUGGCACCUUACGGCUUUUACGGUUCAACUCGUAAUUCAAUUCAUGAAUCAUUGAGUUCUUUGCUUGCGGGUUUUUGCUCUAGUUAUUAGUUUACUUGAUGGAUACUCGAUUUUGUACCUUGCAACAUUUAGCUCAGGUUCUUCAGUCAUUUGAAGUUCUCGUGUUCCACCUGGUGGCUUUAAUUUGGCUAAAAGUUUUGUCAUUGUGAUGCAAUGAAAAUCGAUGACAACAGUCAGGAAUAGAAAAAUUGCAUCACUUUGUUUUGGAUUUGAAAUGGAAAUUGCUCAUGGCACCUUACGGCUUUUACGGUUCAACUCAUAAUUGACUUGAUGAAUCAUUGAGUUCUUUGCUUUCAGAUUUUUGCUCGAGUUACUAGUUUACUUGAUGGAUACUCGGGUUUCUAUCUUGCAGCAUUUAGCUCAGGUUCCUAAGUCAUUUGAAGUUCUCGCGUUCCACCUGGCGACUUCAAUUUGGGUAAAAGUUUUGUCAUUGAAAUGCAAUGAAAAUCGAUGACAACAAGAAGGAAUAACAAUAUUGCAUCACUUUGUUUUGGAUUUGAAAUGGAAAUUGCUCCUGGCACAUUACGGUUCAGCUUAUAAUUCACUUCAUGAAUCAUUGAGUUCUUUGCUUGUGGGUCUUUGCUCAAGUUGCUAGUUUACUUGAUGGAUACUCAGCUUUCUACCUCGCAACAUUUAGCUCAGGUUCCUAAGUCAUUUGAAGUUCUCGUGUUCCUCCUGUCGGCUUUAAUUUGGCCAUAAGUUUUGUCAUUGUAAUGCAAUGAAAAUCGAUGACAACAACAAGGAAUAGCGAAAUUGCAUCACUUUGUUUUGGAUUUGAAAUGGAAAUUGCUCCUGGCACCUUACGGCUUUUAUGGUUCAAUUGAUAAUUGACUUCAUUAAUCAUUUAGUUCUUUACUUGCGGGUUUUUACUCGAGUUACUAGUUUACUUGAUGGAUACUCGGGUUUCUAUCUUGCAGCAUUUAGCUCAGGUUCCUACGUCAUUUGAAGUUCUCGCGUUCCACCUGUCAGCUUUAAUUUGGCUAAAAGUUUUGUCAUUGUGAUGCAAGGAAAAUCGAUUACAACAAUAAGGAAUAGAAAAAUUGCAUGACUUUGUUUUGGAUUUGAAAUGGAAAUUGCUCCUGGCACCUUGCGGUUUUUACGGUUCAACUCAUAAUUGAUUCAUGAAUCAUUAAGUUCUUUGCUAGCGGGUUUUUGCUCGAGUUACUAGUUUACUUGAUGGAUACUCGGUUUUCUAUCUUGCAACAUUUAGCUUAGGUUCCUAAAUCAUUUGCAGUUCUCGUGUUCCAGCUAUCGGCAUUAAUUUUGCUGAAAGUUCUAUCAUUGAGUUCUUUGGUUACGGAUUUUUGCUCGAGUUACUAGUUUAUUUGAUGGAUACUCGGGUUUCUAUCUUGCAGCAUUUAGCUCAGGUUCCUAAGUCAUUUGAAGUUCUCAUGCUCCAUUUGUUGGCUUUAAUUUUGCUAAAAGUUUUAUCAUUGUUGCCGAUUUGAAAUGGAUAUAUCUCCUGGCACCUUACAUGCGAUUUAGCUCAUAAUUGAUUUCAUGCAUCAAUUAGGUCUUUGCUAGUGGGUUUUUUGCCCGAGUUAUUAGUUUACUUGAUGCAUCAAUUAGGUCUUUGCAGCAUUUAGCUCAAGUUCCUGAGUUAUUUGAAGUUCUCUUGUGUUCCACCUAUCGGCUUUAAUUUGGCUAAACGGUUUAUCAUUGUGAUGCAAUGAAAAUUGAUGACAACAAUAAGGAAUAACAAAAUUGCAUCACUUUGUUUUGGAUUUGAAAUGGAAAUUGCUCCUGGCAUCUUACGGCUUUUACGGUUCAGCUCAUUAUUGACUUCAUGAAUCAUUGAGUUCUUUGCUUGCAGAUUUUUGAUCGAGUUAUUAGUUUACUUGAUGGAUACUCGGGUUUCUAUCUUGCAACAUUUAGCUCAGGUUCCUAAGUCACUUGAAGUUCUCGUGUUCCACCUGUCGACUUUAAUUUUGCUGAAAGUUUUUUCAUUGUUUUCGAUUUGAAAUGGAAUUUUCUUGUGGCACCUUACGGCUUUUACUGUUGAGCUCAUAGUUGAUUUCAUGCAUCAUUGAGUUAUUUGCUUACGGUUUUUUGCUCCAGUUACUAGUUUAGUUGAUAGAUACUUGGGUUUCUACCUUGUAGCAUUUAACUCAAGUUCUUAAGUUAUUUGAAGUUCUAUUGUGUUCCACAUAUCAGCUUUUAUUUGGGUAAGAAAGUUUAUCAUUGUUUUCGAUUUGAAAUGAAAAUUGCUUCUAACACCUUACGGCUUUUACGGUUGAGUUCAUGAUUGACUUCAUGCAUCGUUGAGUUCUUAGCUUGAGGGUUUUGUGCUCGGGUUAGCCACCAUUGCGAUAAGUGAAAGUAUAACUAGUGAACGCUAUAUGAGAUACCUUUGGAGUGGCUCAUUUGACGAAGUUAUCAGCCUAGAUGGUUUUCCAACUCUUAGCUCUUCUCCAAGUAUUAAAUUUCAGUGAGGAAUGUUUUGGCUUCCUAGAAAAUCUCGAAAAUGAGCCAGUCUUGGAGGAGAGGGGAAUCUUGGACCUCGGUAAUCAUGAUAUGGAACUAACAUUGUCUUAUGGAUCCCAUUGAAAGAUUGUCAUGCCGAUGAUGAAGAGCACCUGCUCUACGAGAUGUUUAGGUGCUCACUGCUGAGGCAAGCAGAGACAAAAUAAGAGAGUUUUGGUCCUGAAUUUUCUCAAACCACUUAACUUCAAUCAAAGAAAUAUGAUAGUCCUAAAUAUUUAUAUAUGUGAAGUGUGCCUGAUCCUGAUUUCAACUUUUGCUAGCGAAAAUUGCAGACUUAAAUUGGUAGAGUUAUUAGUUUACUUGAUGGAUUACUUGGGUUUUUACCUUGUGGCAUUUAGCUCAAGUCUCUUAAGUUAUUUUAUGUGGCGACUUACGGCUUUUACGGUUGAGUUCGUAAUUGACUUCAUACUUCCUUGAGUUUCUUGCUUGCGGAUUUUUACUCGAGCUACUAAUUUACUUGAAGGAUACUGGUUUUUACCUUAGAGCAUUUAGCUCAAGUUCCUAAGUUAUUUGAGGUUUUCCUGUGUUCCACCUAUCGGCUUUAGUUUGGCCUACAAAUUUUAUCAUUGUUUGCGAUUUGAAAUGGAAAUUGCCCCUAACACCUUACGGCUUUUACGGUUGAGUACAUAGUUGACUUCAUGCAUCAUUGAGUUCUUUGCUUGUGGUUUUUGCUCCAAUUACUAGUUUACUUUGUGGAUACUUGGGUUUCUACCUUGAAUCAUUUAACUCAAGUUCCUAAGUUAUUUGAAAUUCUCUUGUAUUCCACCUAUCGGCUUUUAUUUGGCUAAAAAAUGUUAUCAUUGUUUUCAAUUUCAAAUGGAAAUUGCACCUAGCGCCUUACUACUUUUACGGUUGAGUUCAUGAUUGACUUCAUGCAUCAUUGAGUUAUUUGUUUCCAGGUUUUCCUCCAGUUACUAGUUUACUUGACCCGAGUUUCUGCCUUGAAGCAUUUAGCUCAAGUUCGUAAGUUAUUUGAAGUCCUCUUGUGUUCCAAAUAUCGGCUUUUAUUUGGCUAAAAAAUGUUAUCAUUGUUUUCGAUUUGAAAUAGAUAUAGCUCCUAGCACCUUACGGCAUUUACGGUUGAGUUCAUGAUUGACUUCAUGCAUUGCCCUAGAUGCAUGACAUAUCCUUGCUCUUGAAGUCUUGAACGCACAACCUAGGGCAAUGCCUUACUUAAGAUACAUGUUUCUGUGAGACUCCCUCCACCCCAGUCAAAAGUCCGUUGAAAGAUUGUCAUGCCGAUGAUGAAGAGCACCUGCUCUGCUCUGCGAGAUGUUUAGGUGCUGACUGCUGAGGCAAGUAGAGACAAAAUGAGAGAGUUUUGGUCCUGAAUUUUCUGAUAGUACUAAAUAUUUAUAUAUGUGAAGUGUGCCUGAUCCUGAUGAGCAACCCCGGUGUAUUGAGCAUCAUGAUGUCUGACAUAUCCUCGCUCUUGAAGUCUUGAACGCACAACCUAGGGAUAUGAUACUUAACAUUUUGAUGAAGUAGGAUGCGAUUUCGGCCAAAAACACAGACAAAUUCACACAAAAACAAAGGUGAGGUGGGGGGGAAGGGAGGACUAAAAUACCUCCUGUGGGUAUGUCAACACAGAUGCAAGUACUUUGGCUACAGAUGAAGCAAUUGCAACAUCUCCACUAUUUGUAACAUGGCUUAUCCCAGCCAACGAAGGAAGAAUCCCACUCUUUCAGACAAACACUGUAUUUAGAGACACUAAUAACCCAAAAAUAAAUAUGUAAUUGAUCUAAACAACGCUUGCCUCAACUCCUAUGUACAUCCUUCGGCUGGUGAUGCCUAUUAUUUGCGUAUGUUACUUUCACAUGUCAAGGGACCAAGAAAUUUUACUAAUAUCAAGACAGUUGAUGGAAUUGUAUAUGACACAUUUAAGGAGGCAUGCUACGCAAUGGGUUUAAUAGGUGAUGACCGUGAGUGGCAUAAUGCCAUGGAUGAGGCAGCGCAAUGGGUUACAUCGCAUGAGCUUAGAAAUCUAUUUGUCACGUUACUGCUGUUUUGCGAGGUAGCAGAUGCAAACAAAUUGUUUGUAGCACAACUACUAAAUUUACAAGAAGACAUUGUUUACAAAGUCCAAAAAAGACUUGGGAUUACAGACCUCAGCCUAUCAUCGGAAGAGAGAGAGAGAGAGUCGGCUGAGCUGCAAAUCAUACUUUAAAAAAAUGCAUCAUGCCUAAGUGACUAUAAAGUAUAAACUGCAAAUGCCUAAAAUCAGGUGUUGGUUGUGUGGUUGUGAAGGGGUUCAAGGCGUGAUACCACCGAGGCUUGCAUCACAAGAUCAUAUCUCUAGAACAGCUGCCAAGUCCUUGUUCUGAAAAUAAAUAUGAGACUAUCUAUAGCUGGUUUAACAGAUGAGGGAUGAAAUGUCAGAGCUCGCAAAUUUUGCCCAAUGGCUACUAGAUAUUAGAGAAGGAAAGGUUGAGACUGUUAAAAGAAACGAGGAAGAGGAACAACCUGCCUGGAUACGAAUACCGAACUUUUGAGCCUUUUCGAGCUCGAAUAGCCGGAUAAAGGCACGGUUAGAAGCAACCCUUAUUUGGAAUGCAGAGCAACAUAGCCAGUCAACAAAACGACAUCGUUUAACCAUGAGUCGAACUUUUGUUGGUAUAAUAAAUAAGCGAACCCGGCCGCGAAAGUCAAUUGGGUUGCAAUUUAUAAGAGAAGAUGUGGAUACUGGUAGCGGUAGGCGUGCGAGCCCAUAUGAGACGAAAUAGUUGUCGAGGCCCACGAUCAAGGCCCAUUAUACUGCUAGAGGAGAUUGGUGCUUGGAUAGGGCACCCGGAUUACCCGAACAAAGUUCAGUGCUUUUCAAGAUCUCUCUGCUUUAGAGUCCUCGAACACCACCACCGAGAGAGGUUUAAGGAGGGUUUUGGCUCAACAAAGACGUUGGGAAGCAAUGGCGGAUUCAAAUUCUCAAAGCAAAAUUCGAUGCCAUCACUGUGCUGGACCUCUCUCCAAUGACGAGGAAACUAGUGAAUGGACAGUGCCACCUCUUGUCAGAGACAGCUUUUCUAUGAUUGGCUCUGCUGUUGGUGGUACAACAAGUGCAUUCUAUGGGUUCAACCAUGUGAUGCCAAUUGUCCGAAAGUGGGUAAAAGGACCCAUGUGGUUGCAUUUCCUCAUUGGUGCACCACCUGUGAUAGUUUUCUCUACAGCUUGUGCAGGUUUGGCAGGUGGUGCAGUUCCAGCACUUGCUCAACUAGCUUCUUCAUCCUACCAUGCCGCAGUUUCAUCUCACUCAUUGCCUCCAUCCUCGCGAGAUGAUAAAAUGCAGAAGUCAAGAACUUCAUCUACUUUAUGAUACAGUUGCAGUUGUGUGGUCUUGCGCGCAUGCAUUUCUCAGUGUUCAUGGUCUCCCUGCAUCUGCAAAGAUGCCGUACUCAAAAUGCGUGCUUCAUGAAGUCUUCUAAACUUCAUAUGGCAUUUUUCGGGUGCCAAUUCAUAUUUUGUUUACUUUUUUUUUUUUUGUAAUUACAUUUUCUGGCUUGAUAAUUCUCAAAGUACUGUUGUAUUUCAAAGAACCACAGUUUUUUUUUUUUUAUGUUAUAAUGUUUAUUU